CUAAAGAGCCGCGGGAUGCCGACACUGCCAUAUAUGGUAAGAGAGCGCUGGAGAGGUGGAGCCUGCUUCCGAUUCCGCUCGUCACGUGAUCACGUUACCUGCACGCCCUCCGGCUUUCCUGUCGGGACUACAAAAGCCUCUGCGCAUGCGUGUCAAGUCCUUUUUGUUUUUUUCCUGGGGCUCCUGUACGACUCAAGCAUGUUUGCCUCGGACGGCAUAGAUUUUGAAAGUGCGGAUUCUGGGGCUUCCGCAACUUUCCCGAUGCAAUGUUCCGCCCUGAGGAAGAACGGCAAUGUCAUGCUUAAAUCUCGUCCUUGCAAGAUAGUGGAAAUGUCUACUUCCAAAACUGGCAAGCAUGGGCACGCAAAGGUACAUCUCGUCGGAAUUGAUCUUUUUACCGGCAAGAAGUAUGAAGACAUUUGUCCAUCAACGCAUAACAUGGAAGUCCCCAAUGUGAAAAGGGACGACUACAUGGUAGUGUGUUUGACUGAUGGCUUUUUGCACCUGAUGGACGAAUUUGGGGAAAUGAGAGAGGACCUUGGACUUCCAAGCGGCGAUUUGGGCAAAGAAAUUGAGGAAAAAGUAGCUACUGGAACGGAUUUCAGUGUCACUGUGAUUAAGGCUUUGAACGAAGAAGCAAUAAUCUCCCUCAAGAAGGUUUAAGUCCAGGACCGAGCUGAAGACACCACAGAUCUGGAACUGUGGACUGGAUCGGUUCUUUCUUUUAAAACCAUCCCAGUUGAAGUCCUCUAUGUUUAAUUUCAACAUCGGCGUUUUAGAGAGUUUAUUGGAAAAGUAUGCCUUCGAAUAUCAGCCAGUGUUGACUUUCUUGGCUCGCAGUCAGAGGUAUCUUUUAUUUUUUUUAGCUUUUGGGUGGAGGGAGAGUACACGUUACUUCUUUGGGGGUGGGUUUUUAUUUUUAGAUGUUUUUUUUUUUUCUCCUUUUAAAUGUUUCAGUUUUAAACCUAAUGCCUUGUUUAUAUCCUGAACCUUCCCCUCCGAACCAUUAGCUUAGCAUGACAUGCGCCUAAAAGAAAUCUAACCUUGUUGAGGACGUGCAGGCCAUACCUGCGAUUGCCGUUUCUGAUUUUGAAUCGGUUUGUAAAAACAGCACUUCCAGCUGCAAUAACACUCCAUCCCUCAACAUGGUCGGAUGAAGGAAGCUAACAAGCUAAAUAGUCAUCAUGUGUGCUCGCUCAAAGAAUUGGAAGGAUCUCACAUCUCUACAUAAGCUAGCCUCUAUUGGAGAAUAUUUUUCCAUCAUAUCUAAAUGGAGAUUAAAAACGUUUACACAUUG